AUGGAGGGUUCCCGCCGAAGUCAACUUCAUAGUUGUGAUCCAUGCCGCAAAGGCAAACGAGGCUGCGACGCACCUAAAGACCGACAACCAAGCACAUUCAAUGCCUGCACGAACUGCACCAGAUGGAAGAAGCAGUGCACUUUCAACUGGAUUACCAAACGAGGAGAGUCGAAAGGCACUCGAAGGAAAGCGAGACCGAGCAACCCGAGUCAUCCGGGCCCAGAUGUGAUAGACGCCAAUACUGAGCCACUGGAUGAAUUGUUCAGUUCUAUGCAGGGGCAUCCCAUCAGUCUUGGUGGAUUCUUUCCUUCCCCCGAAAGCCUGGACUAUGCCUCAUCGUCUCCUUCCCAAUUGGAUGCCCCGUUGAGUGAAAUUUCCCAGUUUCAUCCCCCCGGCCAUGGCCAUCCGCAAUCAUUUGCGUGGGAGAUGGGUCUCCCCCAUGACUUGCCCAUCAGCCCGAAACCAGUGCGUCCUAUCAACACAUUUCAGCGAUUUACACAGACUGGUCUGUUGGACUCGCCACCCAGUUCUGUUGACAGUGCGCAAAAUUGGUUUCCACAACAAGAAGAUGUAGUUGAAUUUCUUCCGGUACAAAAGUCGUCAGAGAGGAAAAUCAACCGACAGAAAUCCCACCCAGGGCGCGAAAAUGACCAAGACCCAACGUCAGACUACCAAUGGAGCUUUUGCAUUGCAUCCGAAAACACCGCAACCAAAAGCGCUCGUGCAGCGAUGUCCCGCAACCUCAUCCGCAUAUACCACGAUAGUAUGGAGAACGCCCUGUCAUGCUGGCUCACGGAGCACAACUGCCCAUACAGCGAAACAACAAUGAAAAUCCUUCCCGACAAAAGAAUGGAAGACUGGGGUCCAACCUGGUCGAACAGAAUGUGCAUCAGAGUCUGCAAAUUGGAUCGGGUAUCAUCCUCAAUACGAGGCAGAGCCUUGAGCAUAGAAGAGGAUAAGACGGCAGCUCGCGCCCUUCACCUUGCAAUUAUGUCAUUUGCAUCCCAGUGGACACAACACGCACAGAAAGGAACGGGCGCUUCAGUCCCUGCUGCAAUUGAUGAAGAUGAAAGAUCGAUUCGCGAGAAUGUCUGGAAUGAAGCACGACAUGCCUUGCAGCAUUCGAGCGGGAUUCCGUCUUUUCGAAUCGCUUUCGCAAAUAUCAUAUUUUCUCUAACUCAAAGUCCACUGGAUAGAAGCCGAGAAGCAACCUUGGAUCAAUUGUUGGAGAAUGAUCCUGCACCGAUUUCACUGGAAACGGCAAAUCGUCAGCUCUUCACUUUCCGGCACAAGUUUAGCCGGCUACAGCGAGAAGCUGCUGCUUCUGUUCACGAUGACCUGCAGAAUCAAAGAAGUCUUCCAACAGCACCCAAUGAUCUAAACAUUUCACAACCCUCCGGCUCUCAACUUGAUCCGAUCCUCACCAGCCACGAACACCGUUCCACCUUAGGACUCAUGUUCUGGCUAGGAGUUAUGUUCGACACUCUAAGUGCCGCAAUGUAUCAGCGCCCACCAGUGGUAUCAGACGAGGAUAGUCAAAUCGCAUCAUCCUCAAUGACCGUGUCAAGAACCCAAACAUAUCCCGAUCACUGGGAUACCCCAGCCCACAGAACCUCUCCAAAACAAGACGUAUGGGGAGACUACUUCCUCCAAUCAUCAAUAAAACGCCAACAAUCCCAAAUCCAACCCAGAUGGCCAUGCUCAUACCAAGAAGCUGCAUCAAUCCUCUCAGAAGCAACCCCCGUCAAAGUCCUCCUCUACCGCCGCGUAACCCAGCUCCAAACCCUAAUCUACAGAGAAGCCAGCCCAACACAACUCGAAACCCUCGUGCAGAAAACCCUCUCUGUCUACGAACACUGGGACUCAACAUACAGAACCUUCAUGGUCGACUGCGUGACAAACCACGACCUCCUCCCACCCCGCAUCCAGUCCUGGUAUGUCAUUCUAGACGGCCACUGGCAUCUCUCCGCAAUGCUGCUAGCAGACAUGCUAGAAAGCAUAGACAAAAGCAGACUGGGAUGCGAAUCUGCGCGGCAGGCAAGACAAAGUACGAAUCUGGUCGCUACGCUUCGGACGAAUAAUGCACUUGCUGUUGCUGCGCUGGCACGGGCUUCCAUCCAGGGACCGGAUUCGUUUAUGCGGGAUUUUCAUGAUUCGUUGAAUGAGGUUGCUUUCUUGGUUGAGCCUUGGACUGCGGUUUUGGUUCAUUGUUUUGCGAAGGCUGGGUAUAUCCUGCUAGACACGUUGGAUAUGUCUGUGGAUUUGAAUAUAUGGUCUGAUCGUGUAAGGCAGAAUUGUGAGUAUUCGAUUCGGGCACUUCAGUAUCUUGGGAGGAAGUCCGAUAUGGCCUUUGUUGUAGCGCGGAAUUUGUCGAGGUCUUUAAACUCGAAGCUUUAUGGGGCAACGUGGGGAACCUGA